CGUACUUUCAGUUCGAGUAGGUACGGCUGUGUUUCAGUCGUUAGCCGCUCUUCAAAACUUAAGAGCAUAAAACGCCAAAUAAAGCCAUGGUUAUUGAGUAGUGGUGGUUUUUAGGCGAAUCGGUUUCUUUYCUCGAACACUAAAUAGGAAAAACAAGCGGAAAUGAUUUGAUAAAGUACGCUGUCAUGGUUUGUUGACUUUUUUUCAGGACUGUCAGCUGAGGUUCUUGCACACAAUGGAGCGAGCUGCACCUAAACAGAGCCAGCUGUGUGGCUCCUGGGAAAUGAAGGAAAAGCUUGGGAUGGGAGGCUUUGGCCACGUCUACCUGUACCAGCACCUUGAGGCCGGCGAGAAAAUCGCGGUGAAACUUUGCCGCCUAGAGCUGAGCAGCAAAAACAGAGACUGGUGGAGCAGAGAGAUUCAUAUCAUGAAAAAGCUCGACCAUGUGAAUAUUGUUAAAGCCAGAGAAGUUCCAGAAGAGUUGAACKCUAUCGCUUUAAACGACCUGCCGCUGCUGGCCAUGGAGUACUGCUCAAAAGGAGACCUACGCAAGGUUCUGAAUAAACCUGAAAAUUGUUGUGGACUGAAGGAGAGUGAAAUCCUCUCUCUGCUCAGUGACAUGGGUUCUGGUAUCCAGUAUCUUCAUGACAAUAAAAUCAUCCACAGAGACCUUAAACCUGAGAAUAUAGUCAUGCAAGAAAUUGAUGGAAAGAUUGUCCACAAAAUCAUUGACCUGGGCUAUGCAAAAGAUCUGGAUCAAGGCAGCCUUUGCACAUCCUUUGUUGGGACKCUUCAGUAUUUGGCUCCGGAGCUGUUUGAGAGCAAACCCUACACUGUGACGGUGGACUACUGGAGCUUUGGGAAUGUCCUUUUUGAAUGUAUUUGUGGCUUCCGGCCGUUUCUACACCACAUGCAGCCAGUACAGUGGAUCAGCAAAGUCAAGAACAAGGGCCCUAAAGACAUCAUGGCAGUUGAGGACAUGAAUGGGGAAGUUCGAUUCUCAACACACCUGCCGUAUCCCAACAAUCUCAGCCGGGUGCUGCUGGAACCGGUCGAGUCCAUCCUUCAGAUGUURUUAUCGUGGGAUCCUGCAGGCCGCGGCGGUGGGCUUGAUCCGAAAACAAACAAGCCAUACUGCUACACCACCCUGCAGAAUAUUCUCAGCAUGAAGGUUAUGCAUGUUCUGGACAUGACGUCAGCCCAGCUACACUCGAUGGUUUUGGGUGCCGAGGAGAGUUGUCUCUCCCUGCAGCUUCGUCUGGAGACAAACACCCAGGCACACAUCCCUCCACUGGACCAGGAGCUGCUGCUGGAGACGGGAAUGUCUCUCGACCCGAGGUGGCCGCCGGCUCAGUGUCUGCCAGAGGGUUUGCGAGGCUGGGACAGCUUCAUAGUGUUCCUGUUUGAUAAGAACCUUACCAAGUAUUCUGGACCACUGACAUCCAGACCUCUGCCAGACACUGUUAACUUUAUAGUCAGGGAAACGAAGACACAGCUGCCUCUGUCCUCUCUCAGGAAGGUGUGGGGGGAAGCAGUCAGCUACGUAUGUGGCCUGAAGGAGGACUACCUCCGCCUGUACCAGGGACAGAGAGCUGCCAUACUUAGCCUGCUGCGAUACAACACCAACCUAACCCGAUUCAAGAAUGUGCUGCUUUCGGAGUCGCAGCAGCUCCGAGCCAGACUGGCCAUCUUUAAAACCAGCAUCCAGCACGAUCUGGAGCAGUACACCCAGCAGAUGAACACCGGCAUCUCUUCUGAAAAAAUGCUGAAGACCUGGCAAGAAAACGAAAACAAGGCUGAUGAAUUUGCAGAA